GUGUCCGUCUGAACUGCAGCUGUAUUGAUGUAUUCCUUUGCCUUUCUUCCAAAGAUCUCAUGGCCCUGCUAAUGGUUCAAAAUGUAAAUGGUUCGCCCUCCAUUUUAUCAUCACAACAACCAGUGCUAUUUUUCUAGAAAAAGAGGUCUCAGUGCUCAUUAUGAACACCUCCUUCGCUCUCUUAAAAUGGCAAUGGCGCCCACCUGAGAGGUGCUGAAACUGAGUUCUGGCUAAAAGAAAGAAAGAAAACAACCUUGCAAGAAACGAGUAUACAAAGAUCCAUGGAACCCCAGGAUAAAUCUGCACCUGUCCCACCAGCUCCUGGGUACCCUGGUUCUGCUCCUGGGUACCCUGGAGCACAGCCACCUUAUGGAUACCCUCAGUACCCCCCUGGGCCUGGUCAGUAUGCCCCAGGGCCUGGCCAAUAUCCCCCUGGUUUUCCAGGUGCUCCUGGACAGCCACCCUAUGGAUUCCAGCCUGUUCAGCAAGCUUAUGGAGUUCCCCCAGUUGCAGGCCAGCCCAAUGGACCUCCUGGUGCUAUGUGGAUGCCAGCACCACCUUCAAUUCCCAAUUGCCCUCCUGGAUUGGAAUAUUUAAGCCAGAUUGAUCAGAUAUUAAUUCAUCAGCAGAUUGAGCUCCUGGAAGUACUCACUGGCUUUGAAACAGCCAACAAAUAUGAAAUAAAAAAUGCAAUGGGGCAAAGGGUGUACUUUGCAGCCGAGGAAAAUGACUGCUGUACACUGAACUGCUGUGGACCAUCCCGGCCAUUUACAAUGAAAAUCCUUGACAAUGUGGGUCAGGAAGUCAUCGAGCUCAGGCGACCUCUCAGGUGCUCCAGUUGUUGCUGUCCUUGCUGUUUGCAAGAGCUGGAAGUUCAUGCCCCACCAGGCACACCGGUUGGUUAUAUUAAACAGCUCUGGGAUCCCUGUCUACCUAAAUUUGCUAUCCAGAAUGAAGCCCAAGAAGAAAUACUGAGAGUCGUCGGGCCCUGCAUAGUAUGCAGCUGCUGUGAAGAUAUUAACUUUGAGGUCAAGUCAAAAGAUGAGAAAAACAACGUUGGAAGAAUUUCCAAGCAGUGGACCGGCUUUGUGAGGGAGGCCUUUACAGAUGCAGACAACUUUGGAAUCCAGUUCCCACAAGACCUCGAUGUUAAAAUGAAAGCCGUCAUGAUUGGGGCUUGCUUCCUCAUAGAUUUCAUGUUUUUCGAACACUCUGGACAAAAUCGGCAGCAGCGAGCUGGGGUCUGGUAGCAGAGCAGAUUUCUGGAUUAUAAAUACUUCUGACAAAACCCUCAUGUCACUUCUAGUCUUGCCUCGCUAUCAUUGUCAAGCCUGCUUUGAAAGAUUCCCCCACCACACACACACACAUAAAAACUACUUAUUUUUGUAUUGUGAUUGCAGCUUUCACACCUAUGUUGGAAUAGUCCCAUUUAUUAGAGGCUGCUCAAUUCUUGAAAUAUAUACUGAUUUUAUUUUUUUAGGUUUUGAUAUAUAAAAAAUGUAUACUUUUGGUGCGAGAUCCUUCCUUGUGUAUGUGCCAGUUCUCAGAGAGUAAACUGCAUUUUGUGUGAGGAAAGGGGCAGUAUCUGUAACUUGUGG